CGCUCGCUCGCGCGAGGACGACGGCGACGCGCAGCUCUCGCGCUGCUGCUGCUGCUCGGAGUGCAGACAUGGCGGCGGACCUGAAGCCCGACUGGCUCUCCUGUCUGCCUUCAGCCUGGAGCUCCGGGGUCACGCGGGACGGACGCGUGUUCUUCAUCAAUGAAGAAGCGAAGAGCACGACUUGGCUGCACCCGGUCACCGGAGAGGCGGUCAUCACCGGACACAGGAAGACCGCAGAUCUGCCGACCGGAUGGGAAGAGGGAUACACGUUCGAGGGAGCGCGCUGCUUCAUCAAUCACAAUGAGAGGAAAGUGACCUGUAAGCAUCCUGUCUCUGGCGCUCCCUCACAAGACAACUGCAUCUUUGUCGUCAACGAACAACCGGCUCCCAAAGCGCCCGCCAGUGAGAAGAAGGAGCGUCCCACGAGCACCAUGAGUGAGGCGUCCAACUACACCGGAGGCUCCGAUUACACCGCACAGCCCAGCAGCCCCACGGCCAGACCUUCCAGAUCUUCAAAAAAAGUCCAUAAUUUUGGCAAGAGGUCCAACUCGAUAAAGAGGAACCCAAACGCGCCGGUGGUGAAGAGCGGCUGGCUUUACAAGCAGGACAGCACAGGGAUGAAGAUGUGGAAGAAGAGGUGGUUUGUGCUGUCGGACAUGUGCCUGUUCUACUACAGAGAUGAAAAGGAGGAGGGAAUCCUCGGGAGCAUCCUGCUGCCCAGCUUCCACAUCUCCAUGCUCUCUGUGGACGACCACAUAAGCAAGAAAUAUGCCUUCAAGGCUACACAUCCAAACAUGCGGACGUACUACUUCUGCACCGACACGGCCAAAGAGAUGGAGUCUUGGAUGAAGGUGAUGACAGACGCUGCGCUGGUCCACAUGGAGCCCAUCAGAAGGCUGGAGAAGGCGAAGGUGGACCCACGCAGCCCGCAGGAGAUGAACAACAUGUUGAAUCACCGAGUUCUGACCCGACCUGAAAUCCAAAACAACGAGAGGAACCGGGAGAGCCUUUGGCAGGAAGACAAGAAGCAGAAGCAGCUGGAGAAGCAGCCCAGCAUCCACAGAGAGAAGGACAGAAGUCUGUCACUGAAAGACUCUGACAAGUUCUCACACCAGAAAGAGGAGAAGUACGUCCCACAGAAAGACGGACACAGGUACGCUGCGCAGAAGGAUGGAGACCGGUACAUGCUGCAGAAAGAUGUGGAAAAGCUUGUUCUCCAGAAGGACGGCGAGAGGUACGCUCUGCAGAAGGAUGGAGAGCGGUACACCCUGCAGAAAGACGGAGAGAAGUACCUGCUACAGAAAGAGGGGCAGAAAUACACGCUGCACAAAGACGGAGAGAAAUACGCACUUCCGAAGGACGCGCUGCACAAAGACGGGGAGAAGUACCUGCAGAAAGACGCGGGGCACCCCCUGCAGAAAGACAAAGAGAAAGUGAUGCUGCAGAAAGAGCCGGAGAAGAUCAGCCUUCAGAGAGAAGGUGAGCAGUACGGCUUCCAGAAGGAGCUGGGCGUGGAGCGCCCCCUCACCAAAAUCAACAGCAUCAAGCUGCAGCCGGCCCAGGCGGCCGCCAUCGCAGCCGCCGUCUCCUCUUCGCGGCAGCUCCAGAGCGCAGGAGCUCCCGCCCCGUACAAAGCAGCGGCGCAGGUCAAUGGCUCUGGAGAGCGGAGCCCAGGAGACGCGGUCGGGGCGCUUCCUCAGAGAACGGCCGUCCAGCCUCAGUCCACCGAGCCAGAAAGGACGCUGAGCAGAACCGACUCCAUGCAGCAGUUAGAGCAGUGGGUCAGGAUGCACCGCACGCGGGGACAGGACGACGACACGCGGAGCAUCACCUCCUAUCAGACGCUGCCCAGAAACAUGCCGAGCCAUCGGGCGCAGGUGGUGCCGCGCUAUCCAGAGGGCUACCGCACGCUUCCUCGCAACAUGCUGCGACCGGACAGCAUCUGCAGCGUCGCAGGCUCGGUGUACGACCGUGCGCUGCAGCCCACCGUGGCGGAGAAGCGGCGCUCCAUGCGUGACGAUACCAUGUGGCAGCUGUACGAGUGGCAGCAGAGGCAGGCGCACAGCCGGCUGGGCUACGGCACGCUGCCCAGCCCCAAAACCAUGGGCCACAUCGCCGAGUCCAUCCCCUCCUCGCCCUCCCACGGCUCGCUGGCUCUGUACCACUCCGUCUCCCCCAACCGGCCCUUCAACCCCAGCUCCGAGGUUUCCUCGCCGGUGUUCCGAGGAGACGUCAGCAUCGACCGGCGCCACAGAGCUCACCUCACAAAGUAUGCAUACCUGCCUGAUCGCAGAGCUCCGGCAGCUCAGAGCAUCACGCCUCAGUCCCUGCAGGGUAAAACGCCCGAGGAGCUGACCCUGCUGCUUAUCAAGCUGCGACGGCAGCAGGCUGAGCUCAACAGCAUCCGAGAGCACACUCUCGCUCAGCUAAUGCAGCUCAACCUCGAUGCCACCAACCCAAAGAGCGAGAUCCUCUCCCACCACCUGCAGAGGAAUCUCAUGUAUUUGGACAGCCAGAUGAAGGAGAACGAGCCGAUAAUCUUCAUGAUUCACACUAUGAUUGAGAACUCAGCUCCAAGGCCUCAACUUUACCAGCAAAUGAGCCCUGAGGAGUACAGAGAGAACACCUUCAGCUGCAGACCUGACGAACUGGAUGUUGAUACUAAGCUAAGCAGACUGUGUGAACAAGGCAAAGUGGUGCGCACUCAGGAGGAGAAGCUUCAGCAGCUCCACAGAGAGAAGCACACUCUGGAGACCGCCCUGCUGUCGGCCAGUCAGGAGAUCGAGAUGAGCGCUGAUAAUCCAGCAGCUGUUCAGAGCGUCAUCCAGCAGAGAGACGUUCUGCAGAGCGGCCUCCUCAGCACCUGCAGAGAACUUUCCCGCGUGAACGCCGAGCUCGAUCGGAGCUGGAGAGAGUACGAUAAGAUGGAGGCUGAUGUCACAUUGGCUAAGAAGAACCUGCUGGAACAGCUGGAGGCUCUCGGCAGUCCACAGACGGAACCUCCGAGUCAGCAGCACGUACAGAUCCAGAAGGAACUCUGGAGAAUUCAGGACGUGAUGGAAGCUCUGAACAAAAACAAGCCAAAGAGGAGCACUGAACCCAGUUUUCCGGGAGCCAAUCCGAUCUCCAGCCUUCAGAAGAGCGAGGAGUCAGACUCCGUGCCCCCGCGUCCUCCACUUCCUCAGCUGUACGAGGGCGGAGAGCGCCCGUGCGUGCCCCCCCUGCCCUGCCCCGGCUCCGCACAGCCACACAUGCCUCGCACAACCGCGCACCGGCCUGAGGACCGCAAGGCCGCCCAGCGCAACGGCAGCCACAGCGGUCCAGACUACAGACUGUAUAAGAGUGAACCAGAGCUGACCACAGUGGCUGAAGUAGACGAGAAUAACGGAGAGGACAAAUCAGAACAGGCUGCUGAAAAAGAGCCGUCGGGUACUAAAGGUACUCAAACAUCUCAUCACAGGACUUCAGCAGCUGAAACUGUAGGAGCUGUCAGGUUUUCACACACCAGGCUCUCAUUGUCUGCAGGGAUGCCGUAUCCUGUGGGUGUCGUGAGUCCCAGAACAAAGUCUCAGAUGCCGGAAUCCUCCACUAUCGCCUCUUAUGUGACUCUGCGGAAGAACAAGAAGCCUGAUCUGAGAACAGACCGUCCACGCAGCGCAGUAGAGCAGAUGACCGGCGGUGUGGAGGGAGCUCGGCAGCGCAUGAGUGUUGAGGAGCAGAUGGAGCGAAUUCGGAGGCACCAACAGGGGGCGCUACGCGAGCGCGAAAGGAGGAGGGAGGAGAGUGGCCUCUCACACAGUCUGUCCUUCAGUAAAGACCAUCCGCACUACUACACCCUGCAGACAAGGAGCUCCACGCUGUCUCCAGAAGAGCAGGAUGGCAGGAGGAAAGAGAGAGAGAUGCCUCCUGGAGAGCGAGAGCUGAUGAAAGUGACAGCCACAUUGAAAGAGACCCCCAAACCAGCUGAGGAGGAGCAGGGUGAGGUUUGUCAGAAGACUCCUGAAACCAGCCAAAGCCCCGAGCACCAGAGACAGAAAGAGCCGGCGGCCGACCGCCUCAAAACCCUGCCCGCCGAGAACAGUCUGCAGACAGCAGUGAUGGUACGAGUGGGCACAGAGGAGGAUGAAGAGGAGGAGGAGGAGGAGGAAAAACUCUCUGGACAGAGCCAAGAUCAGAUCAUCACAGACCCCUAUGACAUCACCGCCUCCAAACACGGCAAUCUGGUUUCAGUGAACAGCCUGUCCAGUCCCCCUCGGUCUCCAGGCUCCUCUCCUCCCCCGCCACCGCAGCUGCCCGACGGGUCGCACUUCAUGUGUGUGUAGUGGAGAAACAGUACACUGAGCCGCAUUAACAUCACUGAAUGUGACCGUGUGACGGCGGUUCUGCUGGAGAACCGAAAUGCAGCGCUGGAGUCCAGACUGAUGUUCAUGACCUGAGCUGCGGCUCCGACCUUCGUCUUACUCCCCAACAGCCAAACCUACACGAUAGUUUCUAUUAUUUAUGAUAUUGUUAUUAUUUCUGUUUUAUUGUGGUUCUGAUGAUUGCAGAGUUUUAUUCUGUGUUUAGUUUGUAUGAAGGGAAGUGAAGCUCAGCCGCGGAGACGUUUUAGAUGUUUAAUUAUUAGAGCAGCCGCACCUGACUG